AUGCCCAAUUUAAAAUGCGAAGGCCGCGAGAAAGCAGACACAAAAAUGGCGUUUUUCUUGUGUCAACUUAAAGAAGAAAAAGAAGUAGUGAUCAAAUGCUCUGACACGGAUAUCCUCGUCAUCGUCCUUGCAAACAUGGAAAACCUACCAGCGUCACUGAAGGUUUGGACAUUAUUUGGCUUCAGAAACAAUCGUCGUUACAUUAACAUGAACAAAGUGUAUGACGUACUGGGAAGCAAAAAAUGCUCAGGCUUACCGGCUUUUCAUACCUUAACCGGGUGCAAUUUCAACCCUGCAUUUUACCGCAAGGGAAAAAGGAUACCGUGGGAACUGUAUUCUGUCAAUGAAGAUUUCCAAGAAGCUUUCAUCGCAUUGCAAAGCCUAAAGAUAGAGAAUAUUUACGCAAAUAUAUACAAACAAAAUAGAGCCCACAGACGAGUUCAAGCAAAAGUUGAUGAAUUUCGAUGCUUGCAUAUUGCCAGCUUUGCCCAACGAUUCAUUGAAUGUAGAGGAAUUCGGCUGGAAAAUAACAGCUAUUCCUUCCGGUGGUUCGAGGGUGAUGACAUUCCUCCUAAUGUACCGGAAAUUAUUGAAGCCCCAAAAGAAAGCGGCGCUAAUGACGAGGAAGUCAUAUCGAUGUAUUCAAAUUUUGAUGAUGAAGAGGAUGACGAAUCGAAUAAUGAAGAUGACAGCGAUUGCCAAUCCGAUAUUGGCUACACAACGGAAGAAGAGUCCGUACAUAGCCGCAAUGAUGAUGAUGAUAAUGAUAAUGAUAAUGAUAAUGUCGAUAAUGAUGAUGAAGCGGUUGAUGAUAAUGAUAAUAAAUAA